AUGUCACAGGCCGCCAGUUCUGGCCAUCCCGAAAUCGGGGGGUUGAGUACCCAGGGCCAGUGUAGCGCGUUGAGCCUUGCGGAUGAGAAACCCUGCCAGGCCGCUGCAACAUCUGUUAACGGUUUGUUCUGUGGGCUGCAUGCAAGACAAUGUCAUGGCCUAUACGUGGGCUACAAGCGCCGCAAUGCAAAGCUCGACGAGCUGCGGGCAUCUCCGCCUAAAACUUUGGCAAAUAGACCCAUGAAGUUAGCCAAUGACUUCUUCAAGGAUAUCGAGGAUGAAAAGGUCCUUCUAGAGAUUCACAACUACUUCCUCCAGCAGUAUCGCUUGCUUGAUCGCGUUAUCAAGGCCCGCAAACUGCAUCAUUGCCAUUUCUAUGUACAGAACAUGGAUUACGGCCACCAAAAGUAUCUAGACACGCUUUUGAACAUAAAACUGACCGUUACGAAAGCCCUUGAAAGAAUAGACAUUCAGAUCACCGUCGUGCUAUAUCAGAAACAGAAAUGGUUCCAAUGGGUUCGACAGUGCCAGGAGGACGACGAAAAGGCUCGCGACAAUGAAAAGAGAAAGAUUAAGAGGGAAGCUGCGCUGUUUAGACGACAGGCGAAGGAGGUCGAGAGACGGUUACGUGACUUGCGGUCGAAGGAGGAAGCAAUCCGACAAGAACAGUUUCUGGAGCAGGCCUAUCAGGAGCGGCUCGCUGAGAGUGACGAAGACUGGGAUCCCAUCGAGGACAUGGUCGAAAAUGAGCGGGACUCUUACACUGAUAUUAUCAAACACUUCCUUUGGUUGAAUAAUUGCGACCUCGAAGAUGGCGACCCUGCUAAACCGGAUGACUGCGAACCUUCUAGCGUGCGAGAAGAAACCGAGCAUGAAGUUACAUGCGCAGCACCUCAGCCCAUUGCGUCUUCCAAACGCAAGAAGAAGGGAAAGAAGGGAAAACAACCGAGCACAACCUCAUCCACUGAUGAAUCUUCGAACAUAAGCGAUGUGUUAACGAUUCGCUCAAAAUCCACAUCGUCAAAAGCCAAUACGCUGUCAGAUGGCCAGAAGCCUGAUAUAGAACGAAUUGAAAGCCGGGAAGAAAUACGUAAGAGGCUUACUGAAGGAAUGAAGAUUGAUAUCCCAAACGUAGUCGGGCUCUGCCUUGAGCGACGUGAAGAUGGCACAAAUGUAAUGGCCGAUCGAAUGCCCGCUUUCGAAGAAGAAGAGGCAGACCGUUUACUGGAUGAAAUCACAGCAAUAAAAGGCUAUCUUUUCUGCCGCCUAUUGCUGAGCAGCCCUGUCCUGUUAGCGGUGGCACUGCGGGUUGGAACGAUCGAAGAGUUUUUCCGCGAUCCAGAGGUUACCGCCACUGAUCUCAGGGAUCUUUGCUUGAAAAUGGAACAGCCACAGCUUCAAGAUAUACGUGACGCAUGUGCAGAUUUCUUUCGCGGUAAUGAGGAUGACGAGCCAUCAAAUGCAAAUCGAGAUGAUAUUGUAUCGGAAUCCGAAGACGACGACGAUCACUGGCCGGUCAAGCGUUCAAAAAAGGGCAUUCCAGAUAAAUGGGAACCUAAGCGGAAUAAGGCCUCCAAACGCCAAAAGAAAUCUCGCGAGGCUAAUGAGCCCGACACGGAUGUGGUACAGGAGCCUGGUGCACCAAUUGAUUUUGGGAAAAUCGAAUCUACUUCAUCCCCGAGCAAAAGUGUGAGAGUUAAACUAUGUGGCCGGCUCAUAUACUACUAUCCAAGUGAGAGGUCGAUGAGUCGAGGUGGCUGGCUUCAUUUUAGCAUUAUUGCAAAAGACUGCAGCCUUUACAAAGCAGUGGAACUUUGCAAGUCUUGGGAUGAAUUCUUUGAACUGAACGUUCUGGCGGUUAAUUUCUACUUCCCGUCUCCAUCUUGGUUGCGGUGGAUUGGCAAUGCCACGAAGACGCAACUCCUUAUGAUGGGUUUCAUACCGUCUUUCAUAAAUGCCAAUGCCGAAGCCCUCACGUUUAGCAACAAUGAGCGGAUACGCGGCUGCGGCCGCAUCCAUGCAACGAGAGAGGUAAGGAAUUUUGUAUGCGGGCAAAUGAGGCGUGAUGACCCUGUCAGUCGAAGAUUUAUUCAAUACGUAGCGAUGCAAAGCAGCCGGAUGAUGAUCGUUGUGCGAGAUGCAAAGUCAGGUAGAAUCCUUACAAAGCCUCCAGACAGCGCCGCUUGGCUUGUCCGUGAAAGAGUUGGACAUGGAAGGGCAUCCAAGACUCCGUGGAAAACUCUCAAGUGCGUCGACAAGAAAUUUUUCGACGAAAUGGACGAACUUCGCGCUUUUCGUCUUGGCUUUAACAAUUUCUACGAUGUCUACAUUUGGAGUGCCAUUCCCGGUGACAGUUUUGAUGCCUUAUAUAGUGCUCUCCUGGAGAUGCUUUUCAAAGCUCAGCGAGUUGAACGGCCCGCCGACCAUUAUGAUGCUGCCGCAUCGAUUCUGAAGACAUUAGUCGUUGACAAAAAGACACGGCGCGCUCGGGAUAUUAGACCGAACGAUAACCAGCCUAACCUAUAUGAUACCUAUCAUAGUGACCAGGUAAGUUUUGUUUUCCGCAAUAAUACUGGAAAUGUUAUGAGCGAGACGCCUCGAUCCCUCAUAUACAACGCCGCGGACAAGUUGGAAGAUGAAGUCCUUUUCCCUGAUCAAUUUAAUGGCGAAACGGAGAACGAGAUUGUCGCAAUCAAAAAUAAAUUACAUGCCUUCGAGCAUGGCGAAGUUAAGAAUCUCUUGAAAUGUUUUGCGCACGAUCUUGAAACCGAUGAGGAAUACGAAUCCGAUGUCCAUGGCUCUGAAGCUUUUGAUGAGGAUGAUUGGUCGACAUCUGACGGUGAAUCGACUGGCGCACCAAGUCUCGAAGGAGAUGAAGACGAAGGAACCGAGGAGGAGGAUCUAAAAGAGGGCGAAGGCUUAGAAGAACAAAACGCCAAAGAUAUAGAGAGACAGGCUUUGUCUGCGAUCCCAGGGCUCCAGGAACUUUGCGACGCGUCGGAUGAGGCCAAAAAGAUCCUGGACUCUUUUGGGCCAGGACCACUGGAUAAUUUAAGCUACGAUUCAAGUAUGAAGAUAGAGUUCGAGAUUUUCCUCGAGAGACACAAAGCCAGAGUCUUCAAGGAUUCCUGGCACAAGGCGGACUUAGAGCCGGGAGCACCUGAGAGAUGGGAAGAGUAUCUUACACUCCGCGACGAUGCUUCUGCAACCCUCCAUCUAGCGGCGGCAACCAUCGCUCAAUGUUGGAAUACUCUUAAAUUUUUGGACUAUCACCCAGAAACUCACAGGAACGUAAGGAGAGAUAUACGCCAGGCAUAUGUCAUGACAUCCUUGUUCUUCCCUAUAGGUCAUUUAUUUUUUGAGGGAAAGUCUGGGCCUAAAUGGAAAGACUCAUUGCUUUUCAAGCAAGAGGAGCGUGGCAAGACUCUUCCAGACCGGCGAGGCUAUCGCAGCGGGCGGUACCGAGAGGAGAAGUUUUUCAAGCAGCUGGAUGACCUCAGGAGCCGAUGCGUUAUCGAGAAUCGUCAUAUGGCCGAUAUAUCUCCUUUGGAAUGGGACAUUGUCGUGCGACCUAAGAUUGCGCGACUAUUCAAAGAAGGAGUUAUUGGCAUUUGCUACUCGGAUUCCAAUGUGGUCCCCGGCGACGCAUUCGCCGGCUUUGAAGAGGGCCGGGAUCCCGAUCUCUUCUUCGACUUUAGACCAACCAUUGAAGCUACCACCAUGCCACCGGGGCGAGAAGACCCGACCAAAAUCACAGUUGACUCUUUGCGGGGCAAGCUUCGCAGCUUCUCCUUGACUCGGCAAAAUGCCCGGUUUUCGUUCCUACGACUCUGGAGCGCUCCGCAUUUUUACCCGCUGAUGUUUAGCGCGCAAAACCGACAUCCGACAUCGUUUGGGGAUUUGAUUGGCCGUAUCUGGGAAUGGAAGUUUAUCCCCAAAGACAUGCCGUUCUCCGAAUGGAGUAUACAUUUCAACCUCUGCCAGCGGCUUGAGCCCUACAGACGAGUUCUGCGGGAUAAAGUCAUCGUCAAACGGGAUAUGGUGCUUAUUAUGGGUGAAAAUGAGGAAGAAAUACUACAGCUGACUGCUGCUGUUACAUUUGUGAUCCAGACUCGUCCCUGGAGAUUGGAGGUUGACUACUGGAAGAGUUUUAUUAAUGUGGACAUUGGAUUUAUGAAUACUCUGCAAGAUGGAUGGUAUGAUUGA